AUACAAAAAUCCUUUACGCAUUACUUUCUAUAUGGUAUCACAGCCUUGAUCCAACUCCACUCAUUUUUUUUUUCGAGCCUUCUUCUUCUUCAUGGCUUCACCGCCACCUUCUCCCCAUACCGAGACCACCUCCGGCAACAUAUCCACUGAUGUUCAUGUUCCAAACACCUCGGAGCCCAACAAACCCCUUCUAUCUAUCAAUCUUGGGAAUGUUAUCAAACUUUCUCCCACAAAUUAUAUCUCUUGGAAACUACAAAUUCAAUCCAUUCUCACCGGCUAUGGCCUUGAAGGAUUCCUAGACGGAUCACAUCCGUGUCCUCCUGCCACUAUCACUUCCAAUGGUGUCAUCAAUCCCAACCCGGCUCAUGUCUCCUGGAUCCGCCAGGAUAAACUUCUUUUUGGUGCUCUCAUCGGUACUCUCACACCUUCUGUUGUUUCCCUUAUCACACGUGCCAACACCACUAAGGAUGCAUGGGAUACUCUUUCUUCCGUGUAUGCGCAACCCUCUCGUGGUCAUAUCAAACAACUCCGGUCUCAACUAAAAAAAUACACCAAAGGCUCCAAGACCAUUACCGAAUAUAUGCAUUUUAUUAAAACCGCUGCCGAUGAAUUAGCUCUUCUUGGGAAACCCUUGGAUCAUGAGGAUUUCAUUGAAACCAUUCUUGAUGGUCUUGAUGAAAGUUACAAAUCGGUUAUUGAUGCUGUUGAUGGUCGUAUUCAUUUAUUCCAGAAUUCAACUAAUUAUAUGUGUAGUGCAUGGUGGAGUCACAGAAGUUCCGUAAGUGGUCUCGACUUCUUAUGUACAAUUGUACAAAUUAAAUAUAGAUAUAUAUGUUGACAGGAGUAUUCAGGUCCGGCCAGGCCGGACCACUCCCCUGUCCGGCCACCUCAAUUUGAAGUGGUUUCCGGUGGUAUUUUUGACCCUUUUUUUUUUUUAAUGUUCAUCAUCAAGUCUAGUUUAUUCAUACCAAAUUUGAGCAAAAAAAUUCAAUCGGGAAGGUCGUCAAAUGAUUUUUGCAAGUUAACUGGUCCGGAAUAUAUUUCUCCUUAGUAAUAUGAUAUUAUUAAUAAAAAUUUAUCAAACACACAAGACCGUGAAAAGAGAGAGGGAUUUGUUGCUCUAUCCUUCCUUGGUUCCUCUUCAUUAGAAAUUUAGAAUCAAAUCCAAUCAUUUUAUAGAUCCCCAUUCGAGGAACAAUGUAAGUAUAGUAGUUCUUAGAAGUUAGAACAAUGAGUGAAUGUUUAUAAUAGUUUUUGUCAUAAAAAUUAUACGUAAAAAACAGAAAUUUUGUCAUCUAUCCAAAUACUAAUAUAACAGGAAAUGACCCUCAAUAGGACUAAAAAAUGUUUGUAUAUUUUAAAAUAGGGCUAUCAUGUUUUUAUUCCUUAAAUAGAAGUAAUUACAGUCAUGUUAUGCCAGUAUCAAACCUUAAACACGACAAUAUUUUCCAAGUUUGACGGUAAUAAUUACUCCUAUUUAUGGAAUAAAAACAUGACAGUUCUAUUUUGGAAUUCUCAAAUAUUUUUACUCCUAUUUCAGAAAUUCUUCCGAUAAUAUAACACAUCAAAGAAACUAAUAUAGAAAACUAUUAGAAAAAAUAUAUUUAAGGAGUAACUUUUUCAUAUUAGAACAAUUAUUACUUGCAAUAAAUAAUUUUGCAUUAGGGAAAGACGUGAACGAUAUACUCCCUCCGUCCCGCAAAGAUGUUCUCGCUUUCCAUUUUUGGAUGUCCCAAAAAGAAGUUCUCUUUCCCUAAAUGGAAAGUUAUCCUACAUCAAAACAGUGUCAAACAGUGCAAAACAGUGUCAAACAAUGUCUAAACAGUGCCAAACAGUGUCUAAACAGUGCCAAACAUUGUCUAAACAGUGAUGUCAAAUUUAUUUCCUAAAUAUGUGUGUAGGUCAAACCGGGAACAUCUUUGCGGGACGGAGGGAGUAUCAUUUAAAGAGUAACUUUUUCAUAUUCCAGAUCACAUUUUUUGUAGACUAAAAUAAACUGCAAAUUUCUAAUCAAGAUGCAUAGUUCAAUCUUUCACUAGUUCACUUACAUGAGAGAACCAAAGAAAAUCAGUAAAUGCUACCAAUGAAUCAUGAGUAUACACGAGCUGAGGAAUUUUAAUGUGGAUGCCUCAAAAUUUUAGGUUUGAAUCGUAUAAAUGUUGUUGAAUAACGAGUUGAAAGUAUGGAAAAAUUUAUAAGUUUGAUUUUCAUUUCUUAAUUUUAAUAAUAAUAUAAUGUAUAUAGAUAUUUAAAAUAUAGUUUAAAGAUCAAAUGAGAAUAAUGCUUAACCUGAGAGCGUGAGUAUACCCACGUUUAUUCCAAUAUGAUGCACAAUGAGGCUCACCAGUUGCACAUUCCACAUUAUGCGUAAUAUUUAUCAAAAUUUCACCGCAAUUAUUUAAUGGUCUUUGUAUGAGCAAAAGUGAAAAACUGCACAACAUGAUAGUAUAUGUACACGGAGUAUAUAAUUGAAGAAUUUAUGGACUCUGGCUAUGAGUGCAUGCCCUAUUGCUCUUGCUUCACGAUUGGCCCUGACAAUUUCAUUAAUUACACACAUGCAAAAUAUUCAAAAAAAUAUUAACUGAAAGAUAGAUAACAAAAAAAGAAGUGUUGUGAAAUGAAGAAGAUGCAGAACAGAUUAAAGAGAUAGAUAUAAUAAUAAAAGCUCUAAAUUAUUUAUUCUUAAUAUAUGAUAAUUUCUGAAUGAAUUUACAAGGUUUCACCAAGCUCCUAUUUAUAGUGAUUGAGCUUGAUGAUUAGUCAUCUAAAGGAUGACUCUACAGAUUUGGUGGCAAUAACAAAUUGAGCCAUCUGUUCUAAGUUGGUUACAAGGAUUGAUGCUAGAUUAGUGUCCUGAUUACAAGGAUGAAUAAUUCACACCUGUAAUUCCCAUGAUUUUACAACACUCCCCCUUGAAUGUUCAUCCUUGAAUAGUUAUUUUGUUAUUAUGAAAAAUUAGUGUGAAAGUUAAGGGGUAAAGAUUACGACAUAUAAUGUCAUUGUAUUUGGAUGUACUGUCUCGUUAAAAACCUUAUCAGGAAAAACCCAGUGGGAUAAAAACCUGAUGAAGGAAAAAAGAGUGCAGUGCAUUCAAAUACUCCCCCUGAAUUUAGCAUAAAUUAUGAAGGCGGCGCAUGCCGAUUUUCUGUACAAGUUCUAUGAACUUCUUCGGGGGCAAUGACUUGGUGAAGAGAUCAGCCGGAUUUUCACUGGAUCUGAUUUGUUGAAUGUUGAUCGUCCCUUCUUUCUCCAGAUCAUGAGUAGAGAAGAACUUUGGUGAUAUGUGUUUCGUUCUGUCUCCUUUGAUGUAGCCUUCUUUAAUCUGAGCUAUGCACGCAGUGUUGUCUUCGUAGAUCACAGUCGGGUGACAAGUAAUAGGCUUCACACCGCAUUCAUUUUGGAUGUGUUGAAUCAUAGACCGCAACCACACACAUUCUCUUCCGGUUUCAUAUAAUGCAAUUAACUCCGAAUGAUUUGAUGAUGUAGCUGUCAAUGUCUGCUUCAUAGAUCUCCAUGAGAUUGCGGUGUUACCACAAGUAAAUACGUACCCGGUUUGUGAUUUCGCCUUUUGAGGAUCUGAUAAGUAUCCAGCGUCUGCAUAUCCGAUUAAAGCAGCUUUUGCAUCUUUGUGGUAGAAUAAGCCGAGAUCAACUGUACCACGUAGAUAACGGAAUAUAUGCUUGAUCCCGUUCCAAUGACGUCUUGUUGGGCAUGAACUAUACCUAGCUAAUAAAUUUACAGAAAAUGCAAUAUCUGGUCUAGUAUUAUUAGCUAAAUACAUUAAAGCUCCAAUAGCACUCAGAUAUGGUACUUCAGGACCGAGUAUUUCUUCGUCGUCUUCUCGGGGACGGAAUGGAUCAUCGUGUAUGUUGAGAGAUCGAAUGACCAUUGGUGAAGUCAAAGGAUGAGCUUUGUCCAUAUAGAAUCUCUUCAACACUUUUUCGGUGUAAUUGGAUUGGUGGAUGAAAAUUCCAUUCUUCAAAUGCUCAAUUUGAAGUCCGAGACAAAAUUUGGUUCUCCCGAGAUCUUUCAUUUCAAAUUCUUUCAUAAGAUAUUUUGCAAUAUUUUUAAUUUCAUCGGGAGUUCCAAUAAUAUUUAAGUCAUCAACAUAUACUGCAAUUAUGGCGAAUCCCGAAUUUGAUCGCCGAAUGAAAACACAUGGACUAAUCGGAUCAUUCUUAUAUCCUUCUUUGAGAAGGUAUUCACUGAGACGAUUAUACCACAUUCGUCCAGAUUGUUUUAGUCCAUACAAUGACUUUUGUAAUUUAAUGGAAAACAUGUCUCGAGGUUUCGAGCUAUAAGCUUCAGGCAUUUUAAAUCCACCGGGAACUUUCAUGUAAAUGUCUGUAUCAAGUGAACCAUAUAGAUAGGCGGUCACUACAUCCAUUAGGCGCAUUUGCAACCUUUCAAAAAUAGACAUGCCAAUGAGAAACCUUAAUGUAGUUGCAUCAACUACUGGAGAAUAGGUUUCUUCAUAAUCGAUUCCCGGCAUUUGAGAAAAACCUUGGGCAACAAGUCGGGCUUUAUAUCUAACAAUUUCAUUUUUCUCAUUGCGCUUACGCACAAAUACCCAUUUAAAACCCACAGGUUUUACGCUUUUUGGCGUAGGGACUAUCGGUCCAAAAACAUCACGUUUUUCAAGUGAUUUUAAUUCAGCCUGAAUAGCUUCAUUCCAUUUCGGCCAAUCGUGUCGUUUCCAACAUUCUUCAAUUGAUGUUGGCUCAUUGUCAUUGCUUUCAUUCAUAACAUUUGUG